ACAAAAAAGGGAAAAAGAAUUCUGGGUACUGAGAAUCUGUGAAUAGUAUAGCACUCAGUCUGAAAGAAGACUUUGCCACAAAAAGUUAAUGAAAAAAGUUCAAAAAGUAUAUAGCAGCAGCAAAGUGCUUGAAGAAACAGGCAAAGUCUUCAUAACCCUAAGUUUAAUGAGAUAUAUAUGCACAUGGAAGAGCUUAAUUAUGUUCUGGAAUAGUCUGAUUACUUCAAAAUAUACCAUGUUAAUAUGAUCUGUUAUUAGAACUUUGAAUAUUUUGUGAUUGUUGUUGAUUUUUUCUGGUUGUGAAUUUGAGGUAAGUAGAAGAUGAUGGCUUCUUCUAGCUACUCGAAUUCUCCAUGUGCAGCGUGCAAGUUUCUGAGGAGAAAGUGCAUGCCAGACUGCAUUUUUGCGCCAUAUUUUCCUCCAGAGGAGCCUCAGAAGUUUGCAAACGUGCACAAGAUCUUUGGUGCAAGCAACGUGAGCAAGAUUCUGAACGAGGUGCAACCCUAUCAGAGAGAAGAUGCUGUGAACUCUCUGGCAUACGAAGCAGAAGCAAGGAUCAAAGAUCCUGUGUAUGGUUGUGUUGGUGCCAUUUCAGUGCUGCAAAGGCAAGUUCUCAAGCUCCAAAAGGAGCUUGAUGCUACAAAUGCUGAUUUGAUCCGCUACAGCACUUGCAGUGAAAUGCCAAACAGUAGUAGCAGUAGUAGUCUUCAUCAUGGAGGAAGAAGCAAGAUGAGUAGUGAUGAUGGUGGUGGUGGCGGCGGCGGAGGUUCUUCACAUGGUUUAAGCUUCUAUUAUUCUUCUGCUAAUUGGAACAAUGAUCAUUCUGAAAAUGGCUACCCCAGAGGAGAUAUAUAA